AUGUUAUUAGAAGGAAAACCAUCUGGAUAUGAGAGUAACACAAUGGCAUUUUUUGAAGAAUGGUCAAAAAACUCCCAAAACACAGUAGGGAAAAUCUUGGAUGCUCUUGAAAAAAUAAAAAGACCUCAUGAAGUUCGGAUGCUGAAUGAAGCAAAAAAUGAAAUCCUUGAAAGUUAUUUGAACACUGCUGAAGUUAAUUCAGUAUUCCAGUUGAGUGAUAAAAUACCUUACUCUUCUGGCAUGUCUGUUGACCUUCCAUCCGAAACAGCCAGUUUCAACGAUCCUUACUAUAUGAAUUCUUAUGAGCGAGUAGCCUAUCCAAGUAAUGUUAUCUCAGAAGAACGGAACUCAAGGCAAUUAACUUGCAGCAUUCCCGAGACUUGUUCAUUUGCAGACAGUCGUCUUGGCUGUUUGACAGAACCUGAUAGGAACCCUUCUCUUACUUCAGCACUCAAUGAUUUGGUUGAAGUUGACAAGAACUACAAUCAAAAACAUUCUUUCAUGCCUGAGAAAAUUAUAAACUGUGGGGUAAACAAAGAGAAGAAACCAGAAUCUUUCACCUGUGCCGAUUUCUGGAAAAAUAUUUCUUCUGCAAUGGGAUCUAAAAAAAAAAAGGUUACAAAAAGCAAAGUUGAUGAAUAUUUCAACAGAGCACACUUUGUGCUUAUCUGCUUUGAUCAUGAAUAUAUAAAAUCGAUUCAACGGGUUGAAUUAGAAGAGGAGGAGAAACCUGAUGAACUUCAUGCAGCAUACAUCUUCUCAAAGAUAAAAGUCGAGGCUUUGUUCCGUGGAUCAAAACAUCGGUUCAUUCCAUUGCUCUUCAAAGGGGGAACUGUGGACAACAUCCCAUUAUGGUUGAACAGCAGACAUUACAAGUGGCCUGACCAAUAUAAUGAGCUGUCAUUAUUUUUGAAUAACCCCCAAAACAGUAUUCAUUCUUUUCAAUGA